AGCGUUAAAGAGGAUAAUACACAUUACUCGGACAUAACCCGGCGUCUGUAUGCAUCUUCACACACAGAUAAAUCAACGUGAUGUGUAGCAGCCUUUUGUAUAGAGCGUGAAAUAGGAAAAUUCACACAAUACUCGGAUAUUGAAUAGGUGUCGGCAAGAGACCUAAGACAGUCGGUGUACGUUUUCCACGUUUAAUCACUGAGCAACUAUAAUCUAUAAUUAUACUUGUCCACCGUACGAGGAACACUGCAAAGUGGUUCAUAAGCAUACAGUAUGAGGUUGGGUCAGUAUGCGUUCAGUAGCACGGCACUCCUCAUGACUGUGGUGGUCAAUGCCUGGGUACAGAAAGAACAGUUCUACGCAACCUGUGUAUACCUGUCGAAAUCCAACACAUUUUCAUUGCUGGCUUAUAAUGAGAUGAUAGUCUGUGUUCUGCUGCUGGGGAAAGUGCUGUUCAAAGUGUUCUUCGGAGAGUUGAGAGCCACUGAAGUCGAGUUUACCAUAUUGGCAUCAUCUGUGAUAUCGAUCACACUCAAGUACAUGCUGAAUUGCAUCGAAGUACUGAGCGAAGCGCCAUGGGAACGCAAGUCCAUGUUUAUCUUCUACGUGGAGCUAUGUAUAGAUUUCAUCAGAAUUAUAUUCUACUGCUGCUUCUUCGGUAUUGUGAUGAACUACUACGGACUACCGUUGCACAUCAUUCGCGAUCUUUACAUGACGCUAAGGUCGUUCGUGCAGCGUGUACGUGAUAUGGUACAGUACCACCAGGCCACGUCCAACAUGAACGAAAGGUAUCCGGAUGCUACACCAGAAGAGCUUGCGGCUAUGGAUAGCACAUGUAUUAUCUGCCGAGAGGAUAUGGAAGCUGGCUCAAAAAAAUUGCCUUGUGGACACAUCUUUCAUCUGACCUGUUUGCGAUCAUGGCUGGAGCGACAACGCACAUGCCCCACCUGUAGAAGGCCUGUUCUCGAAUCACAAUAUGCCGCGGCCGCACGACUGGCGCAACGCAACCAGCCAGAAGCAAAUAACGCACAACAGCCAGCCGCUCAGAAUCAAGCACAAGAACAAGCCCAGGCCCAAACUCAGGCCCAGACCCAGACCCAGACCCAGACCCAGCCACAAAACACGGCUAGAUCCGAUGCGUCCUCGGUUGCCAACGCGCCAUCAGACGUGCAGUCACAUGUUCCGGGGAAACCUGGUCCUCAGUCUGUGGCUCCGCACGUUGCGCCAGUAGCGCGCGCCCACUACACGGCACCGGCAAACAGUUCUGCCGCCGCGCAUACACAUAUGCAUACCAAAACGUCCGCAUACACACCAUCGCAACCGAUAGCUGGCCAGUCUUCUCUGUUGCCUGGCGAAAGGCCUGUUCCUACGGCCUCGCUUCAGAGCGCUGGUGGUCUCCCAACCCAACCCCUGCACUCUACGGGCCCGAGCAGUCAGGAAGGAGUUAUCGGCGAUACUUAUCUGCCGAAAGGACCAUUCACAGACGAACAGUACCAACAAGAGCGACAGAGAAUGAUCAAUCGCUUGGCCAUGCUACAAAAGAUGCACAGCGGCCUCGACCAGAUACUGUUGAAUAUGACGGCGUACAACACACACCCCUUCGCCCAACCAGCCUCCAGCACACCGUUUUUUACCCAAACGGAGUCCUGGAGUGCAUCAGGCAGCACUGAACAUGCCACAGCGAGCACUUCGCGUACAAUGGCGAGUUCCGAAGGGCAGCCUGUGGGACACGGUGUAGCAUCGGCCAGCCCAACAACCUCAGUCAAAACACCAACGUUCACCUCCACGCAGACGUCGACGCAAUCACGGCCACAGUCAUUACUACCGACACAUGCGAGCCGGUCAGUGCCACGGGAUGAGACACAGCCACUCAGGAGCACAGAAGCCUCGCUGGCUCCAGAAUCCGUUCUGCAGGAAGACUUACCCGAACAGAGCUCCGGUGAAAAAAGCACGGCAGAUGGAAUAGGUGUAGAUAAGAAUGGUGGCAGCAGUGCUGCCAGUGACGGCGCACAAGAAAGCGAGGAUGCUGUACAGAGUAGUGCCACUGCACAAAGGAGUGCAUGGGCAGAUGUGAUGGCUAGCAGGCUUGGGCAAACAAGGAGAGAUAACGAGACAUCCAACGCGAGUAUCGCAAACACGGAGACUGCGGGCUUGGAUACAAGCACUGAACACGGUGUGGUUGUACCCAGGGAGGAUGCUGAGAGCACGGCCGGAGUGCAAACAGGUCGUGCAGCAGACGGUGGAGCAACUAGCCCGGCAGCGAAACCAGCAGCGCCUAGCACCACCGCGUCACAGCGCUCGGGCGGUGAAUCUGCAGGCGAGUUGAACGAUGCCCAUAUAGACAGCACCACAAAAACGGUGAAAGGAGAAGCCGCGGCCUUGAACCCUGAUUCUGGUAUAGUGGACAUAUUGGAUGGCCAGGGGAAUGCGGCUGUAGCUGUUGGUGCGGGUGGGGAUGCCAGCGAUGCACACGGCACGUCACAAACAACCACAGCCCAGACAAGCACAUCUAACCCAUUCGUGGGGUUCAAGAAAACGGGCGGAUCUGUGAGUGCGCAGGAUGGUGGCAUAUCGUCAGAUAGCGAUUUCUGAGGUGGACGCUCGCAUCGCCCUUACUAGAGGUCAUUAGCUUACUUGACUGUAUCAACUUUACAUAAGGGUGUAAAGAGAAGGCACGACACUCGUUACGCAUGAUUGCUUUGUUUCUCAUCACCUGAAGACAGGCUCUCCGGAUGGGCGAUUUGCUUCAACUACUCCCGCACUACUACAGAGGGUACGGUUUCAAUCCGUGAUGGAUAUGAAUGCUCGUGUGGCUAUGCUUUCUCUUUCCAUUUGAGGGAGGAUGUGCUGUCCGCGGAACACUGCGUGAGUCGAACUCCAGCUAUGGAUAUUGAGCUGGCGAAUGGUGCGCGAAGUACUCUGGCCAGCUAAUAGUAUUGGACUAAAAAGGAGAGUGUAUACUAUCCUCAGAUCUACAUGCGUUAAGCGAGCUAUUGGUGUGCGCAUUAGGGUAGUUGAUUACCGUCGUAGUCAUCGGACACCGUGUCAUCUGUAUUUUUAGCUCAAGACAUCAGCGAACUUAAAAAUAUGCUCUCAUGGGCGUUCGGCUCUUGCUAUGACAGUCCUGCAUACGAACCCGCGAGUAUGUCAACGAUCUCUCUAGUGAUGUUGUUGCAGUGAGGAGCGAGGUUGCUUUACCAAUGUGUCACCUUAUGGCUCACAUGGACGGUGCACCAUGCCACCACGUGUUUGUUCUAGAGACACACAAGUGCGCUAGUUGUUCCAAGAUCUCACUCGGAAUACGCAAGUCUAAACUUGGAUGGAGACUAUUCAUUUCUUGUACAAUCACAGACAGGACUGCACGCGUAAGGGAGUCUUCUUGUCUCUAGAAACAGUGAGGUUUCUUAAAACCCCAUUGAUGCCUAGUGCAUAGUAACAAAUCUGUAAGUUGCAGGUGCAUGGUGAAUAUGCAAUGUCGCUACUAGCUGAUUUUCCGCUUGGUAUUCCUAGAGAAUCUACUGCCAUCGAAGCUGUAAGGGCAAAGUAUUUCUUGAUAACGUCCCGUAUAACGGAAAUCACACGAGUUACAAACACACCGGAUCUUUUGUAGGACCCAGACCCAGUGCAUAAUUUAUGAAAUAAAUGCGUGAAAAGGCAAUUUGCUUAGUGCAGAUGCGUUUCGAUAUUCGCGCCAGUGUAUUCAGAUACUUUAGAAACCUUCCACCGACGCACUCUUUCGUUCGCUCAG